AUAAUAGACCACACCGCAGUUUAUGAGAGUAACCGCUCGAGGGAACAGCUGAAACACCACGUGCAACUCGGAGUUCAUGUAGCUAACUUAUUUUACAACCCGUUAGAAAUGAUCAUCGUUUUAGUUCAUCUGGAAUUUUGGUUCCAUGAUGAGAUCCAAAACACUUUCUAUCAAGACCAUUUCAUUUGGGAUGCCUCAAGGUACAGACAGAGAUAUUUUAAAUCUCCUGCCGAAUACGACAUGCUUCUCAUGUUCACCGAGCAUCACAUCUUUCACCAGCCUUCUGGCGGGCAAGCAAUCAUGGACUCCAUCUGCGAUGAUUACGGUGUGGUCGCAAGAUAUCAUACCUGCGGUUACGACAUGGAGAUAGGCGUGACAGUGGCUCAUGAGAUCGGUCACACUCUUGGUGCUCUUCAUGACGGAGAGGAAUGCCCUCCUUGCGAGGAGUGUGUCAUGAAUAAAUUUUUCAAGCCUGAGACGAUCUAUUUUUCUGACUGCUCAAUUAACAGUUGGAUGAACUAUCUAACGUUUGAUUACCACGACGCCUGCCUUUACAACAGACCAAGGUUCUCCUACCCUUAUUGUGGGAAUGGAUUUGUCGAAACUGACGAAGAAUGUGAUUGCGGUACUCUCACUGAUAAUCACUGUAAUCCUGAAUGUUGUAACGAAAUCACGUGUGAACUUGUUGCAGGCGAGUGUGCUCAAGGUGAUUGUUGCAAUUUGGCCAAUUUUACAUUGUUGAGAGCUUCAACGGAAUGCAGACCUCAGCAUGAUUUAUGUGAUUUACCGGAGGUAUGCGAUGGAGUGUCGGGAUCCUGUCCAACUGACCUGCGCCUUCCAUGUGGCAGCUACUGCUCGAAAAAACCAAACUUCUGUUUUGAUGGACAAUGUGUACACCCGGAAGACAUAUGUGAGAAAUACUAUGGCAACGAGACUAAGAUUGGAUCUCCCGAAUGUUUUGACUACAACCAAUUCAACAAAUCCAACGUUGGCCAAUGCUACCAUGAUUUCGCUGCAGGACAUAUCACACGAUAUAUGUGCGAAGCAAAGAACAAACUGUGUGGAUUGCUGUGGUGUGAAUUAAAUGAAGAAAAACCCGGCGGCUGGCAUUAUAAACUUGCAGGAAAAUUUUGUAAAGUGCCGUCAACUUACACUUUCCACUACGUUCCUGAUGGUAGUUGGUGCAGUGACGACAUGAUAUGCUACAGAAGAAAAUGCGUGUCACUAGUAUACUUCCUAUCUGAUCUGCAUCAUAUACGCAACGGCGCCGCCUGGAUAUCAUUUGCAUCAACCCUCCUGCUGGCUCUGAUUUUGUUGAUCGCUCAGUUCACUUUCCAUUAUGUGUUGUCAGAAGGAAACACAAAAAUUGAAAUUAUAUAAAUUUCAACAAGAACAAACAUUUUCAAGAAUUUAAUUUUCAAAAAAUAUAAUACAUCUUCGUCCAAA